UUCUUAUCAUUGAAAAACUGAGGCAAAGAAGGGUUUAACUACCUCAGCCUUUUCCCUAUCUUUAGUGACUGCAUUUGCCACCACAUCCAAUAGUGAAUAGAUGUUGUCCUUGCCCUUCCUUUUACCACUGAUGUAUUAAUAAAGAUAUAUUUUUAUAGACCUCUACAGAAGUGGCCAGAUUGAGUUUUAAGUUGGCUUUUGCCUCUCUAGUUUUUUUCCUAUGUGGCCUAGCAACCCUUUGAAGGGUUUCCUGGAAAGCCUGACCCUCCUUCCAAAGAUGAUACACCCUCUUUUUUGCUCCUUAGUCCUUGCAACACUCCUUGCCCAUCCAGGCCGGCUGUUUCCCUCCUCGGCUCAUCUUUCAGGACACUGGCAUAAUCGGUUCCUGUGCCUUCAAGAUUUCUGUUUUGAAGCACACCCACCCUUCCUGGACCCCUUUGUUUUUAAUGGCUGCUUCCCAAGGUACUCUCAAAUAAGUCUCUUUAAUAGGCCAAAGUCUGCCCUCUGGAGAUCCAGUGUGGAAGUUGUAUUGAUGCCCCUCCUUUUUUCACCAAAUUCUGAAAACUCUGUAAUUUCAUGGUCACUGUACCCCAGAUGGCCUCCAACCCCCACAUGUCCCACCAGCCCUUCUCCAGUUCACCCAUUUGUGAACAGUAGGUCUGGGUAGUCCCUCCCCUGGUGGGCUCACUCCCCAGCUGUGACAAGAACUUGUCCUCAUACACUCUAGGAACCUCCUGGACUGCCUCUUCUCUGCUGUGUUGAGAUCCCAGCAGAUAUCUGGCAGGUUAAAGUCACCUACAAGCACAAGGUCUGGUGGCUUUCAAACAGACUCUGAACUUUUCAGUUCAGAGAAGAGGUGACAGAAGCAUUCCCCAAGUGAUCUUGAUGCUGAAGGUCUCCUUGGGAGCUCUGGGCAUGUAGAAGAAUGAGCCCCUUGAGGGCUGACCCUGUUUGGACAAGCUGCUCCUCAGCCCCAGCCUCACCACGUCUGACAUGGCCCACCUGGCACUGACAUCCCUGUGCCCUGCAGCAGAACCUUGUCCCUGAGCUCUGCAGCUCCAUGUCCCAGCCCACUGCACCGUGUCCCACCUGCUCUCCUCAGGGCUCUGCCUGCACACAGGCCCAGGAGAAGUUUUCCUGUUUGUAAGGAAGGAAUGGAAAAGCCUGAGCAGGUUUCCUGAACAACAAACCCCACUCAGGAAGCACCUGCUCAGUACAGGCUGCCUGGAAUGGUGUCACCUUUCUACAAGGGACAGUGUGGCCAGAAAUGAUCUCUGGAAGCAGAAUUCUCUGAGUCUCCCAGCUGAAUUCUCUGUCCCUGUCCUUUCCCUGGAUCUCUGUUGCAGAUGGAAGCUGCUGCUGCCAUUCUCACCUUUAAGCUCUCUUUUGAAUGCAAACAGAUGUUCCCAAGUGUGUUAAACAAGUGUUGCUCAAUGUUUAUGCAGAGCUUUUUGGUUCCUCAUGGAACCAAGCACACCCUUGUGACACAGCGGGGGCUCAUGGAACCAGUGGUCCAUUGUGACACUGCCAAUUCAAGAAAACCAUGGCGACACCAUGGAACCUCAUGGAACAGAGGAUCCAUGGUGACACAGCAGAGCCACAGUUGCAGCAGCAGCAGCGGCAGCAGCGGCAGCAGCAGCUGCAGCAGAAAAAGAAGCGACUUUGUCGAGUCCCUCUUGCUCUUCCUCUCCCUCUCCCGCUGUCCCGCACCUUCUCCCGCUCUCCCUUUCCCGCUGUCCCUUCCUCUCCCAGUCUCUCUCUCCCCCUGCUGGGCCGGGCCAUGCCCCCGGCCCGCCCCCGGCCCCGGGCGGGGCUGCCUCGUCCCCGUCCCUGUCCCCGGCCGUCCCGCCGCGGUCUCGCCCCCGCCCGGCUCUGGCCGUGCUGGCGCUGGCGCUGCUGGGCGGGCAUCAGUGCCUGGGGCUGGGGCGGCAUCGCCGCCCUUUGGCUCCGCCUGGCCCGAGCCCGGCCCCGGCCCCGACGUGGGCUCCAGUCCCGGCCCCGGCCCCGGCUCCUCCCGGGCCCCGCGGAGGACACAGGCGGCGCGGCCGCUGCCGCCGCCUCCGCUGCGGCUUCCCCGGCCCGAGCUCCGCCGCUCGGCAGCGCGGCCGCCGGCCCCGAGCCGCCGCUGUCCCGUUGCCAGCAGAGAACGCCUGGGGAUGGCCGGCCCGGGGCGCUCGGGGGGCGCUCGGGGGCCGCUCCUGGCCCCGGGCCGAGCGCUGACAGCCGCGUCCCGCCCGCAGGGAAGGCGCAGGAGGCCCUGCAGGAGCGGUACCGGCUGGGUCCUCUGCUGGGCAGCGGCGGCUUCGGCAGCGUCUUCGCGGCCACGCGGCUCUCGGACGGUGCCCCGGUGGCCAUCAAAAGGGUGCCGCGGGAUCGCAUCCGGCACUGGGGCGAGCUGCCCGACGGCACCAGCGCACCCCUGGAGGUCGUGCUGCUGGACAAGGUGUCCACUGGCUUUCCUGGUGUCGUCCAGCUGCUGGAGUGGCUUGAGCUCCCCAACGACAUUGUGAUGGUGCUGGAGCGCCCAGAGCGGUCUCAGGACCUGCACCAUUUCAUUCGGGCACGGGGGUUCCUGUCCGAGGAGGUGGCGCGGGAGCUGUUCCGCCAGGUGCUGGAGGCCGUGCGGCACUGCACCAGCUGCGGGGUCCUGCACAGGGACAUCAAACCAGAGAACAUCCUGGUUGACCUGGCCUCCGGGCAGGCCAAAUUGAUCGACUUUGGCUGUGGCACCUACCUGCAGGACGCAGCCUACACUCACUUUGCAGGAACACGGUCAUACAGCCCCCCGGAAUGGACCCACGCUGGCUGGUACUACGGCAAGCCAGCCACCAUCUGGUCCCUGGGCAUCGUGCUGCACCAGAUGGUCUGCGGGGAGCACCCUUUCAGGAGGGGCCGGAACAUCAGCUGGGACCAUCAGCUCUCGCUGCCACAACGGCUCUCUCCAGAGUGCCAAGAUCUGAUCAGGCGGUGUUUAUCCAUGCUGCACUUGGACAGGCCCUCAUUAGAAGAUCUGUUCUGUGAUCCCUGGAUGCAGGAUAUUCACCUGCCCUAGAAGAAGGGAGAGAGCCACAGGCACACUCUGAUGCAGUGCCCUGCUGGGGCCCUGGGCAGAACCCUGACAGCCUGGGCUCACCCAGGGAAGGAGAAGGAGCCCCUGGAGAAGCUGUACCAGGUGAGGCUGCUGCUGCUGGAGACAGCGAGGACGACAUCAAGGAUGACAAUCUCUUCCUCAGCCUGGCCACCGGCAGCUGAAGAUGAUGGACUUGGAUUCUGACAACUUCUUCAAAGCCAGGCUCCACAGGGAAUUUGCAGAUGAGUCCACACACAGGGGGAUGUUCCCAGAUUUGGACAUUGCUCAGCCUGGCUGGGAGCCAAAGGUUCCCCCUUUGCUGGGGCGGAUGCAGCUGAUCCUUCAGUCGGCUGCCAGGCUGCUUUUGGCAGGGCUGGGGGCAUGGGCUGGGGUGGGUACGAAAUGGGAGUGGGCUCCUGGCCCUGCCAACAGCCCCCAGCACCCACCGUGCCCCGGGCUGGGGCUGGGGCUGGGGCAGCCAGCCCGACACAAACAAGCCCCCAUGGUGGGAGCAGAGGUGGGACUCCAGAACCUGUGCAGGGGCUGCUUUGCUUUGCAGGCAAGGAAGGGCUUGGGCUGCUCCACUGCCCUGUUUGCUUUGGGAUCAGCGUUAUUUUGGGGGGCAGUGCAGGGAUGAAGGGAGAAAGCCUAGGCUUCCCUCACAUGUAGAGGAAGCGUUCCAGGUAGGGUCCAGUCUGGAUGGGGAAGUGCUUGGGAGCAGCUGCGGCGUGGAUGGGCCGUGCCCUUGGAGAAGGCUGAGGACAUCGUUUGGGACCAGCUUUUCUUCCAGCGGUGGAUGGCGUCAGCCGGGCUCUGCGGGUGCUGAGGCUGCUCUGGGCUCUGCCAGGGCUCUGCUGGAGCUCAGCACCGGGCCAGAAUCAGCCAAAGAAGAAAUGGUGUGACCUGCAGCACAGACUUGCUUGAGCAUUUCAGCAACACAGCUCAAGUCUGCAGAGUGUACACCUCCAAGGGAAAACAUGCCACCACCCAAAAAAUAAACUUGUUCAAUAGC